UAGGGAAGAAAAGCUCUUACCCGUUCCCUAAGACAGAUAAUCGAUUUGAAGAUUUUCGAACUUUGGAACUGCAAUUUUGAGUUUUGUGGUGAAGGUUUGUUUUACAUUAAUAGGGCUGCAGCCCUAUAAAAACAUUUUCCAAAUUUAAAAGGGCCAAAAUGCUCGAUGUUUAGCCAUAGAUCGUAGCUGCUAACGGUUUGGAUGUCCUCAUUUUUCGAGCUUUGUAUCCCAAAUAUCAGAUCGGGAUCGUUAAAAGUCCGAGCACUUCUCAACCCCCCCCUACUUUGAUCCAUGUUUGGUGCCCUGAAAAAUCUUGUGCUUGAAGGUAGGGAGCAGUGAGCAGAUCAAUGGUGGACAUUUUCUAUUAAACUGAAGAAUGGUGCGUAUAGUUUAUAUAAUAUGGUGGUAAUUGUGAUCUUUUAUGGAUCUUGAGGGCAUGAAACAAAAAUUCUGGUGGCCUCUUUGAAUCUGAACUGCAGAUACUACAGCUAGCACCAUGAAUUUUUUGUUGAGGACUGCACAGCCUACAAUCUUAGAUUCAUCAGGUGUUCCAGAGCUUCCUAAAGACACAAGUGCAGCUCCUAAACGACCAAAUACACUAGAGGGUCUAAUUGCAGAGGAUCCAUUCCCAACUCCGUCCACAAGCGAUGAUGGCAAUGGGUUUGGUGUUGCUAGUGGUAAUGCUGAGGGUUUGAAUGAAAAGGCCCAUGUUGAGAUUGAAAAUCAUCGUGAUGUUACAGAGGAAGAAGGAUGGAUUACCAUACCAAGCAGGGAGCUUCCUGAAGAUUGGGCUGAUGCUCAUGAGAUAUCCUCUUUUCGUUCUUUGCAUCGAUCAUUCAUUUUUCCCGGUGAGCAACUCCAUAUCCUCGUGUGCUUAUCAGCAUCUAAACAGGAUACAGUGGAGAUUGUAACCCCAUUUAGGGUAGCUGCUUUGAUGAACAAGAAUGGGUUAUUUGCACCGGGCACUAAGGGCAAUGCACCCCAUUCAGAGAUUGUUAAGGGGGAAGUGAAUGGCACACACAAAGAAAAUGGUGCUAAUCAGAGUUCAGAAGUCAAUGGGGAAACUACUUUAGCUACCGAGGAGCACAACAAUAAGGAAGAGAAUGUUCCUACUGGUGAAACUCUUCUUAAGAGGGAAAGCCAUAAGCGGAGGACAGAGAUACUGUUGGAGAGAUUCAGGAAUUCGCAUUUCUUUGUGAGGGUUGCGGGGUCAGAUGAACCACUUUGGUGCAAAAAAAAUAUAUCAGAAUCUUUUUCAGUUGGUUCAGAUAGGGUGGGAGAAAAAAUUAGUGGAAAUGAUUCUGGACCUAAAAAGAACCAGAAAAGGGGUAAUUUAUUGUCCGCAGUUAUAGAACGAGGAGAUUUUGAUCGUAAUGCAUCAGGUGGAGUUGCCAGGAACACAGUCAAAUGUUGUUCGCUCCCUAAUGGAGAUAUAGUGGUACUUCUACAAGUGAAUAUUGGAACUGAAAUUGCAGAAGAUCCUGUCCUUGAAGUUCUUCAGUUUGAGAAAUACCACACAAGCAAUGAAACCCAUAAUAGCGUAGAUGAGAGAAAUCAUGACGAUCCAUACGGUGAACUCCUCAAGUGGUUACUCCCUUUAGAUUGUCCUGUUGUUCCUCCUGUACGACCCUUAUCGCCCCCUUCUUUGAGUUCAAAUUUACUCGCCGGAAGCCCCUCUCAACGACAGGGUGCUUCCUCAUCUGGCUCCCAACUCUUCUCCUUUGGUCAUUUCCGAAGUUACUCGAUGAAUUCACUUCCUCAAGCCACCACGGCACCAGCUCCUGCUCCUCCACCUCCUAACCCUCAACAAAGCUUUGAACUAGAAGACUGGGACCGUUUCUCCCCACAAAAGACUCUUAAAGGUCAAGAUGUGGGUAAUGAAGGGAUUCUAUCUUUUCGAGGUGUAUCUUUGGAGACACAAAGAUUUUCUGUUCACUGUGGACUUGAAGGCCUGUACAUACCUGGACGAAGAUGGAGACGGAAGCUUGAAAUUAUUCAGCCUGUAGAGAUACAGUCUUUUGUUGCAGAUUGCAAUACAGAGGAUCUCAUUUGUGUUCAGAUAAAGAAUGUUGCUCCAGCACGUACACCGGAUAUCAUUAUCUUCGUAGAUGCUAUAAAUAUCAUCUUUGAAGAGACGUCAACUGGAAGGCCGCCCAUAACAUUACCAGUUGCAUGCAUUGAGGCAGGAAAUGAUCAUAGAUUGCCAAAUCUUGCUCUCAGGACAGGGGAGCAACAUUCUUUCAUUUUGAAACCUGCACCCUUAGUUGGGAAGGAUUCCAAUGCUCAAGGUGAGAGAACUUCCCGAAAACCAUUUCCCCAGGGGACUAUCACAUCAUUACAUCGGCGUAUGGGUUCUAAGAGUGGUGAAAUAAGAAGGGAUGUUGCAAAUGUGGAUCAGUAUUCAGUUUUGGUAUCAUGUCGAUGCAGCUGUACAGAUUCCAGACUCUUCUUCAAGCACCCAAUAAGUUGGCAACCUCGUGUAGCAAGAGAUCUGUUGAUUUCAGUAGCAUCUGAGAUGUCUGAACGAACUCUUGGAACAAGUGGAGCAUCUCAACUUCCAGUACAGGUAUUGACCCUUCAGGCAUCAAACCUGACUUCAGAAGAUCUAACAUUGACAGUUCUUGCCCCAGCAUCAUUUACUUCGCCUCCAUCAGUGAUAUCCUUAAAUUCUGCACCAUCCACUCCGAUGGGUGCAUCUGACCUAAAGGAUUGGGAGCAAGAAAUCUCAAGCUUGAGUAGAUAUGAUACGGUACCAUUAGUUUCUGUGAAGCAGAAAGAGAGUGAUGGAGGAAAUAGAUCACUUUCUCUAAGAGAACCGAUAAUCCCCACUUCAGACUGCAUUGCUAACACCAGUUUGUCGUGUACACAUCUUUGGUUGCAGAGUACUAUUCCUCUUGGAUAUGUUCCCUCACAAUCAACGGCCACUGUCCGGCUUGAGUUGCUUCCAUUGACUGAUGGGAUCAUAACGCUUGACACACUUCAGGUUGCCGUCAAAGAAAAAGGUAUUACCUAUAUCCCUGAGCAGUCGCUGAAGAUUUAUUCAACCUCGAGCAUUGCAACUGGGAUCAGCUAAAUUUGAACUUCCCAUAAAUAUAUGAUGAGUUAACAUUCAUUUGGUCAUGUCCAUUGAGAUGUUCAUGUGAGAUCCUUAAGCAGGAACUAUGGAGCUCAAGGUGUUCCCUUGAUUCUUUUGUCAUGAAUUUUAGUGUUUGCAAUGUCUCAACAAUGCUUGGGAAGCAAGCAUACUCCUUGAAUGGCCUAGUUUCUACAGGUUGUCAUCACUGUGUUCUAUGCAGUUUGUGGCAAAAUUCCAUUAUUGAAGAAAAUACCGGAACUUGGGUUCCCACCCUUCUUACUUUUUUUUUUCUUUCUUCCUUUUAGUUGAAAAGGAUGGAAACUGAAACCUUGUAUGGUUCAGAUCAAGAGCUAUAUAUCAUGGGGCUUAUCUUUCUUGAGGCCUGUUUUUUUCUUUCUUUUUUUUUUUAUUCUUUUUUUUUUUUUUAAAAAAAAAUUCUUUUUGUAGAUUGUUUCUGGAGUCUCGUGGGCAGGGAUAUGAACAAACUGAACAUCCUCAAUGCCUCAUGUGUAUUUUUAUCCAUUGUUUUUUGUUGUGUUAGAAGUUACAGUGUGAUGUUUUUUGUUGUCAUAUGGUUCCUUGUGGAUGGGAACCAUGAACGUUGUUAUCAAUAUGGGAAUGAAACAUGCGUUUAUGUGUUUGGAUUUGA